AGGUCUGUCUUGCCAGCUGUGAGCCCUCCUACCUAAGGAAAGCCUGAGCGUCCCAGAGACAGCAAAGUCCGCAGUUGCCCACACAGUCUGCUGCAGGCAACCAGUGAGGAAAGAACUGGGCACAGCAGGAUGGAAUCAGAAGGGGAAAUUGUUGACCUCCAACCCAGGAAUCCCAGCCCCAGGAGGGAGCUGCCCAUCAAUUUUAAUCAUUACGCCACAAAGAAGAGUGUUUCGGAGAGCAUGCUGGAUGUGGCCCUCUUCAUGUCCAAUGCCACUCGACUGAAGGCUGUUCUGGAACAAGAACCAUCUUCCCCCUACUACACAAUCCUGGUCACCCUGCUCAGCAUCUCUCUCCUCUUGCAGGUGGUCAUUGGGAUCCUCCUCAUCAUAACUGCCCGAAUGAAUUUGAAUGAGGUGUCAAAGCAACAGCGGCUGGGCCAGCUCAACAACACAACCAUGGUUAUGGUCUUCAUAACGGUCAUCAUCAACAUUUUCAUCACGGCUUUUGGGGUGCAGAAGAUGGGGCAACCCUGGCCCACACCCAGGCCCUACUGAAUCCAGCCUGGGGCCUAGGUGAGGGCUGUGGAACUCCUGCUUCCUUUCCUUCUGCCAGUACUGAGGACCCCUGCCCACCUUUGCCCAACUCAGUGGGUCUUCUCCAUAGCACUGGGGAAGGCUCCCAACGUGGUAGUGUU